AUGACACGACUACCACGUCCCUCCCGAAUCCUCAGGACCGUCAAACCCCUCCGUCCUCAGGCCCCGAUAAUCCCGGCCAUCCACCGCAGCCAGUACUCCUCCUCCUCCUUCCAGUCCCGCCCUGGACCCCCCAAGCUCCCGGCGGACCAGCAGGCCGAGUUUGAGCGUCUGCAGCGCGAGGCCUCGGUGUCGUCCGCCUUCCAGCCAGUCGUCGGCGCCGACAACGAGGCCGCCCUCAAAGCCCAGCUUCAGCAGCAGAUUGACGAACUGGACGACGAGGACGCCGGCGCCAGCAGGGGCCUGUUCCGCGGCGCGAAGCCCGAGUUCGAGGGCGACACCAACCCCAAGACCGGCGAGGUGGGCGGUCCCAAGAACGAGCCGCUCCGGUGGGGUGCCGAUGCCGACUGGAGCUACAAUGGUCGUGUGACGGAUUUCUGA